CCUGAGUGACGUUUAACCUUAGCGCCCGUGAAGGCUUCGUGAUAAGAAGACGAAAACACCGGGAACUUUUGUUCUAUUUUUAACAAAAAAAUAGAAAAAUGCCCAAAGUAAAGAGGAGUCGGAAGCCGCCUCCAGAUGGCUGGGAGCUCAUUGAGCCCACUUUGGAUGAGCUGGAUCAGAAAAUGAGAGAAGCUGAAACAGAGCCUCAUGAGGGGAAGAGAAAGGUGGAGUCCCUUUGGCCGAUUUUCAGGCUGCAUCAUCAGCGGAGUCGAUACAUCUACGAUCUCUUCUACAAAAGGAAAGCCAUCAGCAGAGAGCUGUAUGAGUACUGUAUAAAGGAAGGCUACGCAGACAAGAACUUGAUUGCGAAGUGGAAAAAACAGGGCUAUGAAAAUCUGUGCUGCCUGCGCUGCAUCCAGACACGAGAUACCAAUUUUGGAACCAACUGCAUCUGCAGAGUCCCUAAGAGCAAGCUGGAAGUUGGAAGGAUCAUUGAGUGCACCCACUGUGGAUGCAGAGGAUGUUCUGGCUAAUUGCAGUGUUUGGACAUCUGCGUGUUUUCUGUUGCUCAUCCAGGCUCAUGCAGCCUCCACCUGUGCGCUCUCACACCAAACAAGUUUUUGUUUAUUACUCAGUCACCUGCAUCAAAAAUGAUCCACUGAUAUCUCCACCAACAUCCCUAGCUGUCAUGGCAAGGUGACUUUAGCUGGUUCUCUCAAACGUGAUGACCACAGCGGAGCAAAGGGGAAAACACUGAACGAGGGGCCACAAUGUUGUGAUGACCUGUGUUUUUCUGUAUGUUUUAAUUUUUUUUUCUACCUAACUAAAGCCCACGGAUGAAGUUGAUGUCAGUAGUUUCUGGAUCAGGUCUGUCAUUCCAGCUAGUCAAACUCACUUUGAAUGUCAUUUUCGUGUGUUUUAUUUCAUUUUAAUAGGGCUGGAUGGGAAGGUUUGUUUGGAAAUGUCAUUAUUGAAAAGCUGAUGAGUUUUUCUUUGUCAUUGUUAUUGUGGUAGAUUUUAAAUAAAAGCAAUUUUGUUUUGUCUUACCA